UUAAAUUCCCUGUUCUAUCUUCAAUACAAUAACAAUAAAUUAAUUUCCUACACAAACCUAUUGUAUAUGACUCAUAUUUGUUUUGCAGCGGGCUUUGCAUCAGAUGUCGUGGAUACAUUUGUAAAAAUCAAGAAAACAGGCCAAAGAGAUGACGAUGAUGAUGAAGAUUAUAAGGAAGCCGACGAGCAAAGCAGUGAAGCAGAACAGCCUGAAGAAAUAGAAAUUGGAAAACUGGAUACUGGAAUUGUCAAAAAUGAAGUUUUAUAUAUUGCUGUUAUAAGUAUCCUUGGCGUAGUUGCAGGACUAAUAGCCAUUGGAUGGAUCCUGCAUUGCAUAUUUGCAAGAAAGAAGAAGGCCUAUGAUGAAGAGAAGCCACCUCCACCAGAUUUCAUACAGAAGCAUAAAGACUAUUGGGAUACAGUUAUGCAUUGGGCAAAGAAGGCCCCAAUUCAUCAUCUUAAAAUGGCUAAGGUAAAGAAUGGGAUUCCAGUUAAUGAACCUAAAAUAUCUGAGAUACCAGAAGAAAAGAAGACCAAAGCUAGUGAAACUAAAAUAUCUCUGGAAAUACCACAAGAGAAGAAGGAGAUCACAGCUGGGGAACCUAAAAUAUUUCCCAAAACAAAGACAAAGAAAAUAUCUCGUAAAUUACAAGACCGUAAGAAAAAGAAAGAACGCAUAAAAUCUGACAAAGUGUUAUCUAAGGAGCUGAAAAAGGUGGAAUUGCAGGAAGUUCCACAAUCAUCUGUAGAAAUACAAACAAAGCUUCCAACUAUUGACCAGACUACUGAUAAAAAGGAAUUACAGCAGACUUUAAUUAUGGACCAGGUGUCUCCUGUCAAGGAAAGUACACCACAAAUAAUUAAAAAAGUGCCAGAAUUUGGAGGAAAACCCGAAAAAGUUUUAGAAUUUAAAGGAAAGCCAGAAAGAGCUUUGGAAACCUCCAGUAAAAAAUUAAAGGAAUAUACAUGGAAAGAAACCAUAAUUCCGAAAGAAAUUUGCAAAGUUCAAGUCCAAUCAGUGCCAGCGGAACCAAUAUUUAAAAAUGAAAGGAUUAGAUGUUAUAUGUGGAAUGAAGAUUUGCCUUCUGGUGUGCAACAGCCUGAUGCAACACUACGACCAAUAUUUCCUGGCAAAGUAACACCAAUUGCUAUUAAAGACGCUAACGCUAACUUGCAGGGAUGAUCAUGAAGAGCAGAAAUAAUAUAUAAAAUAUCAGUAUAAUCUGAAUAUCCAGAAAAAAUUGGACUAAACGGAAGAAAGAAACAAAACAGUGAGUAUUCUACUAGUGAUGCAACAUUUUUUGUAACUAAAAUACUUACA